CCGAAACAAGUUGGAUUUUGUUAAAGAUACAUGGGGGAGAUGACAACCGACUCAACCAAAACAACGCAGAAAAAGCGCAAAUGGGAUGUAUCCGAGGCUGGAGAGCCGGAACCUCAGCGGGUCAAAGUAUCUUCGCCAUCGCAGCAAACUCCAAGCAGUGUUACCCCGCCCGACCAGACCAUUGACAGUGAAACAGCUGCACAACAGGCAUUGGAGAAGGCAACUGCUGCAGCUUCGCGGAUCCUUUCCCAGCUCGCUGCGCAAACUAGUGGCAAAGGAUCCGUGCCGCCCCUUGAUCUACCCUCUCUGAGCGCAAAACUUGGCGUGAAAGAGGAGUUCAUGAAAGAUGUCCCAAUUAACGACAUCAAGAACCGAUAUCUCCUCACAAAAGGGGCAACCCAGUUGAAGAUUAAGCAAGAUACUGGGGCGGAUGUCAUUACUCGUGGAAAAUAUUAUCCUGAUAAGAAUUUGGCAACGGAAAGAGAUCCGCCUCUCUAUCUGCACGUCUCAGCGGCUACACAAGAGGCUUUGGAUGCGGCACUGGCUGCUAUCGAUGAGCUCAUCAAUCAAGCUCCACCUGCCUUUCCCGAAGAGCGAAGGCCUAGCGGACACGGUCCGGGAGGUGCUGCUAGACAGCUGUUUUCGGCAAAAGUAUUUGUGGGGAUUGAACCUGACAGAAUGUUCAAUGUUCGGGCAAAGCUGGUCGGUCCUGGCGGGCAGUAUGUCAAGCAUAUACAGCAGGAAACUUCCACAAAGGUUCAGCUGAAAGGCCGCGGGUCGGGGUACAUCGAACAGCUAUCGGGCCAGGAGGCACCAGAACCUCUACAUAUUCAUGUGACAGGUCAUGCACAGGAAUCUGUCGACGCGGCGAAACGUCUUUGUGAGAAUUUGAUUGAAACAGUGAAGACGGAAUACGAGCGUAGUAAGCAACAACGUGCAGCAUUUAGACCUCCACCACAGCCUCCUCGUCCUGCGUACCCUUCAUAUCCGGGUGCCCAGGCCUAUCCGGCGCCAUAUGGCCACACUGGAGGUCAGUGGGGAGACGCACAAUAUGCCCAGUAUAGCGGAUAUGACCAAUACGCACAGUAUGGUGCUUAUUACGGUUACGCUGAUCCGUAUGCAACGGCCGCGAUGGCAGCACCACCUCCUCCGCCACCACCAGCUACAUCACCCGGUGACAAUGCACCACCUCCACCCCCUCCUCCUGACUCUGAAUAUCACGCGGUUCCUCCCCCUCCUCCUCCGAAUGGAAAUCCAAAUUAGUCUAUAUCAUGUAGAUAGUACAAUGAAAGACGCGAUUCAUCGCAUGAAUAUUGCUCUACUUCGUUUGCAGAUGUCAUGUGUAUUUCGUAAGCGUAAUUUGUCCACAUUUGGGUCCCAC